AUGUGCGGAUCUCUCCACGCAGAUGCCAGAUCAUUUCGCUGGCGAUCCGUUCUGUAUACCUUGAGUGACGCACGUCACAUGCGCAGUGGUCAGGAUGCGAUCACUUGCAGCAAGGCAGUAAGCUGCUGUGUCCGGGCCCAGGAGUGGCGACAGGCUCUGCACACCUUGGCCUCCGCCUUCAGCUUUGGGCUUCGGUAUGACGCGGCCGAUGCGGUGCUCUUCAACUCUGUCUUACCUGUCUUCGUCAGAAAGGGGGGAGAGUGGGAGGGUGCCUUGGAGAUCCAAAGGACAAUGAAGACUUUCGGGAUCCGGUACGAUGCGGCAACUUGCAAUGGCAGCUUAGCAGGGUGCAGGAAAUCGAAAGUGUGGGUACGAGCGGCGAAUCUUCUUGCUCUCACCGCGACAGUCAACAUACACUCGGACAUAGUUCCCUGGAACAUUGUCGUCAGCUCGCUCGAAAUGGAUGCGUGGUCCCGUGGCCUGUGGCUGCUUUCACGUGCGCGAGCAGUAGCUGUCCGGCCUGAUAGCCACACGUACAACUCGGCAAUCUCUGCAUGUGAGAAGAUGUGGGAGCACGCCUUGACAGUGCACACUGCAGGGAAUUACCACGGAUCAUGCCCGGACUCAAUUACCUUUGGUGCAAUCAUAAAUGCAUGCGAAAAGGGCAUGUGCUGGGAAUAUGCCGUUUCAUUCCUAAGGCAGAUGGACUGCGCUCGUCUGGCCAACGGCGUGGCUUAUUCUGCAGCUGUGUAUGCGUGUGACCACUGUGCUCAGUGGGAGCGUGCUCUUGACCUGCUGGAUGAGUUGAUGGAGUCUGACAUUCAGGUAAUCACCGAGAGCGCUGCCAUUGAUGGUCAAGCUGGUCUGCUCAUGUGGUGGCGACAUGUGGAGCCGGGUGAUGAUGACCAAGAUCUCCCGCAAGCAUCGGGCCAGUCGUGGCACUGGGGAGGCUGUUGGAAUUUGUCGGACAUUAUCGGUGUACGUUACACAACGAUGUUUGGAGAUCCUGGCCGGGAAUUUCUCCACGGUGGAGCUUUGCCAGUUGCACGAUUUGCACCGUGGGAUCUUCCGGCGGAGCGCAUCGCUCUUCUGGUGUUAAACCCGCUGAGCAUCACUUUUGCGCUAAGUUGUCUUCUUGUCUGGCAGCUUAUGGAGAUUUUCCCUCGUGAGGGUGGUGUCUUCAACAUGUCUCGUCCAGCCCACGAGCCGGCCCUUCACAGCUCGAUCGCCACUGCCGUGAGCUGUGCCGUUGCAGCCGUGGUCUCACUAUGGUGGGUGGGCUUGUUCAGCUACUGUGUUGGUGAGAAGUACAAAGCCACCCAUCUCAGCCCAAAGGCAACCUCCAGGUGGUGGUGGCAGAAGGGCUUCAGUGAGCUCAUCCUGGAGAUCUUUCUGGGGCUCUGUGUGGUUGCAGUGGUCAUCUGCAUUCUGACAGAGAUGUUUCAGCACGAUGUAUCGUGCCACAACAGGCUUUCGGAUGAUGGCCGCCGUCUCGCCACGACUUGUAUACGACAGGUGGGCGUGAACCAGACCUGCGGUGUCGACGGCUGCUUCUGCGGCAUGUUCUCAGACUUGCUUUGUGACGAACCUCCUCUGCCAGCACAAAUCUGUAUCAAGGUGGUGCGGCCUCUUUGUGCAGCGGCUGGUACGAAUGUUCGCACAAGCGGCAUGCACGGACACCUGUACACCGUCCUGGUUACCUGCAUCGUUCUCUGUGUGUUCAACUUCGUGAAUUGGACCAUUACGUCGUGGGCAAUGCUGUUGAACUGGCUCGGAUAUCAGAUGAGGAAUUCGCAGGUCAUCAACAAGCCCGUUGAGCCAAGCACGCAGUACCAUCGCUUCACUGUUCUCUUCGACUCUCCGACGGAAGAAAGUCUCGUCUUCAAUGUCGAUUGCUCUGAGGAUCCUGAGGCGGUAGCUUGCACCCUGGCGGGCUAUGAUGAAAUCUGA